UGAAAGUCCCCUCCAGCGUUACAUGAAGCCCUGGAGCCCUGCACCUUUCAGUGAAUCAACCUGGAAGUCAUUUACACAGAUCAGAACAAGUAUGAACAUGGAAGUAAAGGCAACGUGAGGGGACGCGUUUAGAGGGGAUGAAAAAAGAAGAAGAAAGAUUAACGCACAGGAAGUAGGAAGUGUGAUCUACGAUAUCUCCAGUUUGUGUGUGUGUGUUUGAGCGUGAAUCAAUUUGUGUGUGUGCGUGUGUGUUUGUGUGUGUGUGUGCGUGUGUGUGCUCUGGUAUGUGUGAAAUGAUACGCUGACCUGUGGUAUGAUUUAAGGACAAUGUCUCUGAAACUACCUCGCAACUGGGACUUCAGCACCUUCAAGGCUGAGACAGCUCGCAUAGCGCGAUCCAGGAGUGUGAUACCUGGAGAAGGAGGCUCUGGCCCGGGCUCACCGCGCUCCCCCAGGUCCAUGGAGAGGCCGCUGAAGGCCGGCUGGCUCAAGAAACAGCAGAGGUCUUUAGUGAAGAACUGGCAGCAGCGUUAUUUUGUGCUGAGAGGAAGCACUCUGACCUACCACAAAGAUGACAAGGAGACAACUGUCCAGGGAGUCAUCCAGCUGCGGUUCAGUAAAGUUAAUGAACUCCCCCCGAACUCAGACGACCCCGGGAAGUACCUCUUCGAGAUCAUACCACGUGCAACUGGAGACAGAGAGCGAUGUCCCUAUGUGUUCAUGGCAAACUCCCAGAGCGACAUGGAGGAGUGGGUCCGCACUCUGCGCAGGGUCAUUGGAGUACCAACAAGUGGAGCCUGUCUAAAGCCAGCAGCUGCUCAGCUUAACUCGGGACAAACAAAGAUGGAAGCCAGGAAUGUUUGGAAAGAGUUCAUCAAAGAACAUGGCCUAGAUGAGGAAGGCAUCUUCCGUCUCCCGGGUCAGGACAAUGCUGUGAAACAGUUCAGAGACGCCUUUGAUGCAGGAGAGAGGCCCUCUUUCCCCAGUGACACAGAUGUCCACACAGUGGCGUCGCUGCUCAAGCUCUACCUGCGUGAGCUUCCUGAGCCUGUGGUGCCCUGGACUCAGUACCAAGACUUCCUGGACUGCACCAACCUGCUGGACCCCAGCAGUUCAGAGGGUUUGGAAAAACUGGAGAAACAAAUUGCUCUUCUUCCCAGAAACAACUACAAUCUUCUCAGUUAUGUCUGUCGGUUUUUGUUUGAGGUGCAGCUGCACUCCAAGGUGAAUAAGAUGAAUGUGGAGAACUUGGCUACAGUGAUGGGGAUCAACCUGCUUAAACCUCAAAUAGAAGAUCCCAUCACUGUGAUGAAGGCAACGCCUCAGAUCCAGAAACUGAUGACAGUGAUGAUCAGACAGCAUGAGACUCUGUUUCCUCUGUCUAAAGACGUGUUGCCCCCCCCUCCCUUAAACAAGGCUGAAAGCCAGAAGAACACUCCCAGAAGCUUUGUGGGCUGGGAGUCUGCAGAGAUGGGUGAUGCAUCUCUGUCUGAGUCUCCAGAAGAGGAGGAGGACAACGACAGUCCAGGUCCAAGGAGAGGAAACAGCAGCCCCCAAAGCAUCCCUCGGGAACCUUGCUCACCUUCCACACCUUCCACAGACGACUGGCUUGGAAGUCCCCGCAAACGCACCCAGACCCUACCCACCUUCAACUGCCCCCUCACCGGAAUGGCAGCCAAGGCAGACGCCCUCAGCCGGUGGAGUCACAUCCAGGAGAGUGUGGAGGAGAAGAGUGGGACAUUAUCAGAAGACAUUUUUAAGAUCCUAGACCUCCGGAGUUCAGGCUCAUUGUUUGGGGGGUCUCAGAUGAGUAACAAGGAGGGAGAGGAUAGGUUAACAGCCCGAAGAGGAAGUGACAACACAGGUUCUACUACUAGUGGCUCCCAAAAACCUGACAGCGACUCCUGGACUGCCCAGGCGCUGGCUCGUCAAAAGAGUGCAGGGAACCUGACAGUGAGCAGUUCACUCCAGCAGGUCAACAGCAGGUCUGAGCAGAAGACAGACAAUCAACCGCUUGUAGACAGUCUGCAGCAGGAGAACAAGGAGCUGAAGGCCACAGUGGCAGAGCUCCAGUCUGCUCUGGAGGCAGAACGCCGCCGUGUGGCUGCUCUUGAGAUCUGCCUGAGAAAUGCUGAGCGCAGCCGCGAUGAGGCCCAGAAACGCAACGAGGAGCUGCAGAGAGACAUUCAGCAGUUCCUCACCAAAGCGCCACAAACUCCCACCUAACAGUAAUUCUCAGACUCACUAGUAUAUGGAUUUAUGAGUCCGUUAACCUCAACAGAGUUAUUUCAGCGUGAACUGGUAAUGGAAUAUACUAUUGUCCCCCAGUGGGAUGACACUGGCUUGUUUCCAUCUGAACUCUGUUUGGUCCUCAAUAUUAAUUAUUGGCUCAUUUAUUUGUGCCUGUGAGAAAGUGUGUCAAGAAGAGAUCUAAAUAGGCUUUCAUAUCACUAUUGACAUUAAAGACUUAAACAGAUUGUUCCUUCCUGCUGCAGAAGUCAUGUCACCGUAUUUAAACUGCCUUGAUCUGGUGUGUCCAAAGAAUUGCAAGGCCGGACAACAUCAGCACAGAAUGAACCCUUUGUUUAAAGAUUAUCUGGACUCAGUAUUGUUAAUGGUGGGCAGUACAAAUACUGUGUGUCAUACAUGGAGUGAGUAGUCCAUUAUCUGAUGUUCCAUUUAAAUGGUAAAUUAAUAAAACAGUGCACAUUUAAGAGUUUUUGUUGAUGCAUAAAAUAAUCUUACACCAACAUAUUUACAACAGCAACACAUCAAUUACCUUAAGUAUUUGUGCAUCAUUGCUGAAAACAGUGGUGACUGCCUUUAAGAUACCAAUAGAUUGCUUAUGUACAUGGGAAGAAAAAAGCAAAUAUAAAGGCCACGCCCUGUCAGGGACAUGAAAAAGAGAUACAGGCCUGAAAGCAGUGGACAUUGUACAUGGUGGUAGAACCUGCGGGCAGGGUCAAACUAUUACAUCAGGUCUUUAUUAACAAUUCUACAGCCACGUGGCUCUGCGAGGCAAUGCUAAGGCACAGCAGUGAUUUGAGCUAAAUGUUAACAUCAGCUUGCUACUGACCAUGGUAAAAUGUUUAUGUGUGUAGAAUGUUUACCAUCUUAGUUUUACUGUGUUAGCAUGCCAACAUUUGCUAAUUUGCACCAAUCACAAAGUGCAGUUAGGGCUGAACAUGAGCAGUUUUGCAGGUAUUUGGUAAGAAACUAAAGUAUUGGGCAUGAUGAAAUCGAAAUCAGCGUUUGAGGUGGAAAUAUAUAUGAAUUGUUCUGCUCAUCACUAGCCGUUUGUGGUUUUACCAAUGCUCUUUGCUGCUGGUGGCACUAACGUUAGCUCGUUGCUCCAGGCCUGCAUUUAGUAAUGUAGGAAUUCAGUCGUAAUUAUAUUGUGCCAUCUUCUGACUGUGCUUGUCCUCUUUUUGUUUUGCCCUUUAGGAGCUAGGCCAACACAACUGUUAUGUAACAAUACUUAGACUGAUAAAAGCAGGCAGGCGAGAGCAAGAACAAAUGAGCUUCACGUAGUGCCCCUGAGUAGCCUAUGUAGUCCCCCCAGUGCCCCCUGGGCAAUCCAGUUUGUUUAGGGCCUUUAUGAAUCACCCGAAGAUAAUGAUAUGGAGAGAGGAGAGAAGAGAAAAAAUCAAGGUACACCAAAGAGCAAAAUGUAGAAGUGCCAAUGUUGUAUUGAAAUGUGUUCCCCUGUUAAAUUUCAUGCCCUUCCUGUUAAUGCAUAAUGCCCCUCUUGGUGGUUAGGGAUAGGGUUCAAGGGUUUGGGUAAGGUUUAGGUAGGGGGAAACACAUAUCCAUGAGGAAACAGACUUCAAUACAACAUCGGUAUUGUGAAGUAGUGAGUACCAGGUCCACUUUGGUGGAAACUGACUGUGAAUGUCUUUAAUGUCAGUCCUUGUAGUCGCUGUUCAUAUAUUGUAGUCUGACCCAACAGACUAAACAGCACUGUCAUCCAGACAGCCAUGUUGCUAGCAUUCCAAAAAGAUCAGAUAUCACUAUAAUUCAAUCAGAGAGAAACAUGACUCCAAAUGAAUGCUAACAUCACUCUGUGUCUCUGUGUGUAUAGUGAAUCAUUUACCACCACAUUCUUCAUAAUGACAUUUAACAGUGGGAAUAUGUCCAUGUUGUUUCACUGCAAUCAUUCAAUACUGCUUUAGAUACAUACACUU